AAACAUGUAAAGAGGUUAGCUGAUAAUUAUGAAUGCCGAUCUUAUUGUGCUACACCUCCUCCACAAAUUAAAUAUAUUAGAGACUUACCAGAUUCGCCUCAAUUGAAAUCAUUAAUUAGAUAA